AUGGCACAGAGAUUGAUACCACCCGCACUACUUCAUCCUCCCUCUCCGCCCAUGCGCCGUCGCGUGCGAGAACAAGGCCGCACCUUCUACCUCGCCGCACUCGUCCUCACAUCACUUCUUUGUUAUAGCUAUCUCCGAGACUUCUAUCAACAAGAUGUCUUACCCGCUCAGUCUCUUCACGCCCGCUCAACCAAUUCCCCGAAUCUCGAGUGUCGCCUGGUCAAACAUGCUCCAGAUCAAUGCUCCUUCGUGAAAGAGAAUUGCCCCGAUGAAGAAGCCGGCCUCAUCUCUUACCUCCAAUUCUACUACUGUUCCUCACCGGCCGUAAGACCCUUCGCCAUCACCCUUAUAAUACUAUGGAGUUGCCUCCUCUUCACCAGUAUCGGCUUGGCCGCCUCCGACUUCCUCUGCAUCAACUUGAGCACAAUCGCCAGCAUUCUGCGCAUGAGCGAGAGUCUGACGGGCGUCACCUUUCUGGCCUUUGGGAAUGGAAGCCCCGAUGUCUUUUCUACCUUCGCCGCAAUGAAAUCCAACAGUGGUAGUUUGGCUGUUGGAGAAUUAAUUGGUGCCGCUGGUUUUAUCACCGCCGUUGUCGCGGGUUCAAUGGCCAUCGUCAACCCCUUUCAAGUUGCCCGCAAGAGCUUCAUCCGCGAUGUCGGCUUCUUUGCCGUCUCCGCUUCCUUCAGUCUCGUCUUCCUCGCUGAUGGAAGUUUACGUUUGUGGGAGUGCGUGGUCAUGGUGGGCUACUAUGCUUUCUAUGUCGUCUUUGUCACCGCCUGGCACUGGUAUUUGGGUCGCCGCCGGAGAUUGAGGCUCGCAGAAACUGCUGCCAGACUUCAUCAUCAUAUCCCUGAACACCAGGAGCUCGAAGUCCCGGAUCUAGAUGACGAUGAAGAGUCUCGCCCUGCUAGUGAACAGGCAAGUCUUCUCCGGCAUGAAUCUGCAGACAGUGUUCCCACUUUACAUACUCCAAUCAAUCUUGCAUGGAAAUUGGAAGAUCUUGAUGAUGACGAUGAAGCACGUGACCGAUAUCUUGCGACCCUUCGGAGCCAGAUGAGAGUUAGUCGUCCUGCUCGUGGAGAAAGGAGGAAUACCAUCACCCCGAUUCGACCUAGCUUGAUUGGUGCUUUAGAGUUCAGAUCAAUCAUGAGUUCCCUUGAAAAGAAAGGUACCAACAUUCCACUCAGUAGUGGUCGGCGGUAUUCUGACGACGCCAAUGCCUUUCUGGGUUCCGGUCCCAUUAGCGCACCUCCUACCGCUUCACACCCUGAGCUGGUCACGCCAGACUAUCUCGAGGCUGGCAGUGUCAGCAAUCGGAUGAGAGCCGUGUCUGCGAAUGACGCCUCCAGGCUUCGAAUUGACACCAAUUUUCUAUCAGACCAAAUUUCGGAAUCCGCCGUCAGUAGUCAAGGUUCUUCCUCAAAUGGCCAGGUGCCCAGUUCUUCUCGACCGAGUGCUGCCAUACUGGGAUCUCUCAAUGACCCUUCUCCCCAAAGACCUCCCUCACCUAAACUCGUUCUAUCCCCGGCGAACCCUCGACGAGCUUCAAAUGAUAAGCGGGGCGUGUCCGGGGCUCCCAAGUCGCCUAACCUCCUGGCUCCGCCUCUCACGGAUUUUCGUCGUCCAGAUUAUUACCGACAAUAUUCAGAUGACGAUAAAAGUCCAGCACUCUCCCCACGGACCGGUUCAACUCUUCAAGUUCCACUCUUGCAUACGCCACAUCCAGAUCAUUCUCGAGGAGUUUUACACCAGGAAGACUUUCCUCCAUAUGUUGAUUCACCCAGUGUCAUGACUCCCGUAUCCUCUCGUCCACCGAGCAUUCAUCCUUUGGCCCCCAGUAUGUCCCCAGAGUCUACUCACCAUUUGGGUCUUUUACCGGAUGAAGAGGAAGAGCCCAUGCGUACUUUCAGUUGGUGGCCAUACAAGUAUCUUCCAGCACCUCAGACCAUAGUAUCCACCUUGUUCCCCACCCUGUAUGAGUGGCGUAAACGGUCCGCGGGGGAACGCUUGUUGGGCAUCGUCACAAGUCCAUCUUUGUUCCUCUUUAGGAUAACCCUGCCCGUCGUGGAACCUAAGGAGGAGGAUGAAGAGCCCGAUUUUGGUGUACUGACGCCUGGAGGAGGCUAUCGAAGUCGUUCGCAGAGUCUAGCAGGUCUUCCUGUUGAUGGCUCUCUUAUCUCGCCACAAAAACCCGUGUUUGAUGCUCCUCCACACCCUCAUGGAUCUUUGUCACGACAGGGAACGGACUUGACCAGAAGUCUAAACAAUCAAAACAAUGAGGCUUUGGAAGUCGGUGACUGGAACCGGUGGCUUGUAUUUGUUCAGGCUUUUACCGCACCUUUCUUCAUCGUUUCUGUCGUUUGGGCCAAUUUGGAAGAAGAUUAUUCGACCAAGCUUUAUAUACGACUGGCACUAGGCUCGCUGGUAUUUUCUCUCGUCAUGGUUCUGAUACUUCUUGCGACGACAUCAGCAUACCGCGAACCAAAAUAUCGGUCGGUCUUUUGCUUUCUGGGCUUCCUGGUCGCAAUUGCAUGGAUAUCAACCAUUGCCAACGAAGUGGUCGGAGUUCUCAAGGCAUUUGGAGUUGUCACUGGCAUGUCAGAUGCAAUUCUCGGUCUAACCAUUUUCGCCAUGGGUAAUUCCGUGGGUGAUUGGGUGGCAGAUGUAACUGUCGCAAAGUUGGGUUUCCCUGUCAUGGCCUUAUCAGCAUGCUUCGGAGGCCCAAUGUUAAAUAUCUUGCUCGGUAUUGGUCUUGGAGGCAUGUACAUGACAAUUCACACUGCCACUCACAAGCACCAUAAACAUCCCGACAAACCAAUUCACUACAAGCCUUACGAAUUGGAGAUCAGUACCACAUUGAUCAUUUCGGGUAUUACAUUGCUGAUCACUCUCAUUGGGUUGCUCAUCUUCGUGCCACUCAAUGGAUGGAGAAUGGAUAGGAAGAUUGGUAUAGGAUUGAUUGCCGUUUGGGCCAUUUCAACCACGGCUAAUGUGAUAGUUGAGGUAUUAUAA